AUGUGGUUGCCCACCAACGACGCCAGUCCUUCUUUGACAGAACGUUGUUUGGCAGUUUCCAUAUCCAAAAAUUCGUCGAAUCAGGGCCUGGUGCGCAGAAAUUGCGACGAAUCCCUGCCCUUCAUCUGCCAGUAUUCCGUCGACUGCCCACAGCUCUGCAACCGAAACGACUCCUUAUUCGACUCCUCAGGAAAUUUGAAAGAUAAAAAAUGCUAUGGAAUUUGGCUUGACAUCGGCAACUACACCUAUCUCUUGGGCAACAAGCCAAUGGCGUGGUUGGACAGUUACCUCAAGUGUUGCGCUUUGGGAAUGGAGGCGCUCAAUAUCGAUAGCGCAGCUGAGCAAUUGGGCCUUACCUCCCUGGCUGGGGCAAAUAAAGGCAACUGGACUGCGAAUUUCAACUACUGGACCAGCGGCACGUGGAAUGGUGCGCCAGUAAAGCAGUGGGCGUGGUGCAAGCCAAAUGGACCGACUGUUUUCGCAAAGGGUCUUGUUUGGGAACCCUCCCAGCCGGACAAUAAAGGAGGCAACGAGAGCUGCGUGCAUUUCCGCUUUACUUUGAAUUCCACUGGCACCAUCUUGACGGACCGCAAUUGCACCAAUAAAUACAUAUUCGCGUGCAAGAGUGCAUUGAAAACCACCCCAAAACCUUGCGUUGCUUCCUGCCCAAUAAAUAGCUGCGAAAGAAAUUCAAACUGGACAGUCGCCCGUAACAGUUGCUGUGAGAUUGGCCUGACUCUGGCCUCAAUGGAAUCAGCGGGGAAGUCGAGUUGCUUUUCCAGAAUUGUCACAAGUAAAUUCGCUCCGGCAAUCUAUGGUGACUACUGGCUAUCCGGCACUGAUCUGGGAUGCGACUCGAACUUCCGCUGGUGCACCCUGAGCCGGGACUUCGUCCACCCUGAGCUUACUUGGAAGGAGGGACACCCGAAACCCGGCCUGGAUUGCGUUUAUCUCGAAGUGAGGAGUGGAUCCAUGUUGCUGGCCACCGAUGACUGUGGCGAAAACAAGAAUUUUCUCUGCGAAGUGAGAAAGAAGGCUACCUUUAAAAGGGCAAUGCAAACCGAAUGUGCAGAAACCUGGGACAUCACCGUUGACCAAAUCGAUAUGCUUAUGAACGUGAGCGCAUAUCUCACGGCCACUAUAUCGCUAAAUUUGAAGUGCUUCUUGAAAUGCGUUGGAGUUGAAAUUGGAAUGUUUGGCGUUGGGGGAUUGGACGCCAUAGCAACGCUGCGACAAAUAGAGCUCGUGUCCCAGGAGGAUCCCGUGAAAUUGGAGACGGGAUUUGUGGCUUAUGAUCAAUGCAGUGGCAUCAGUUCUGACGACGAGUGUGGAAUUGCUGACGAAACUUUCAAGUGCGGCCAGGAAAAAGCACCUGAUUUGGUUUCAAAAAUCAUCGCGAACAACUUCGAUAACAAUACAAUGCUUUAUCCACCAACUCCUUGUGUUCCGGUGCACCGAGCUUGUUGGAUUUCGAAUUCUACUCCUUGCGUAAAAAAUCAAACCUUAAUCGACUUAUUGAAUGAAACUGGGACAUACAAAUCUGGAACCUUUAAGAAAGUUGGAAACCGGACAUUUUAUUCCACCGAAGAUUCGACUGCUCCAACUCCGUAUGAAGCCUACACUCGUUGCUGCGAACUCGGAAUGCAUGUCAUCGAACCGCAGUCACUUGCUGAAUCUAAAUUUAUUUUAUCUUCAGUCACUGGUGUGAGAUACCAUAUGAUGGUGGGCGAGACAGAAUUCAUCAACCAGACGCACGAAGUUUGGUGUCGUAGCCGCACCGUUUUGGCAAAUGACAUGUUCGAUCCGCAAACAAGAUACCAAUGCAAACCGUCGCUCCUCAGAUUGGAUGUACAUCAGGCUACUUUUUUGGUCGAUUCUCUGUUUGUAAUUGAUAACAAGACCAAUGCUAGGACAGAAGUCACUGGAGAAGUGUACCCUGCUGUCGCUUCUAAAGUGGUUUCGGAUGUAGAGCGCAUUGUCUGCGAGAAACUUUAGCAAAAAUGGAAUGUUAACUAUCCAGUUUGUUCUUGAAAUGUUUUCUUUCUGGGUGACCACAAUUUUGAGUUUUCUUUUUGUGAAUUUGCACAUUUCAAAUUCAAUCAUAGUGUGCGCAUUUUAAGCAAAUAAAUUGUUUUAGUAACAUAGAUUCUUUAAUUAUACAAGGUUGAUUUAAAAAAACAGGUUUGUUUAAUACUGGAUCUUUUACAUUCUAUUUUCAACUUAAAUUAUAACGCUACAGCAGCAAUUUUGUGUGUAUUUUCCCUCAAAAACAUUGACACUUUUGUGAACACUAGAAAUGGAGUGUAUACGAAUUGAAUAUGACUUUUCUUCUGAAUUAAUACUUUACAAGAAAAGAAAUUAGGCUGUGAAAUAUUGUUUCUAUCUCACCACUCUGCUAAAUUCGUGAAGUAAAGUCUGCGGGGACGUCUCCCACAAUUCUUUCCCAUUGUUAACGUGUGGAAAUAAAACUCUCAAGUUAUUCGUGUGUCA